AACUAUAUAAUUAUGUAUCUCUAAACCAUUUUUGUUUAAAAAAAUGUUUGCACUAUUUUACUUGUUGUUACUUGUUUCAAUUGUUCACAAUGGGGAAGCUCUUAUCCGACGAAAACUCAUCGAAUCAAGUUAUUAUAGUUCUAGAUUAAAUUUCUUUAAACUUCCAAUCACUUAUCGUAAAGGCACUCUUGGUGUGAAUUUCUUAGGUUUUCAUGCUACGGCAGGUCUUUUUGGUGGAUUGUUAGCCGAGGAAGCAGGUUUAGGAGGCCCUCACGCAGAGGCUAGUACGCCUUUUGGGCAAAGUGCUGGUGCUGGCAUAGGUGUAAGGAAUGAACUUGGAUCAAGUUACGGAUAUCUCUACUAUUACUUUCAAUUAGGAGAGGGGAAAUUUGGCUUGGCAUUAUUAGGUGGAUUGGAUAAAGGGAGAUUGAAGUUUAAACUUCGAAAUAUAAGGCAUAUUACAAAAAAGAUACUUUAAUAGUUUCUUUUUAAUACAUGGAAGAAUUUAUGAAAUAAAAUAAUGUAAAAAGUAAAAAUAAAUAAAUUGUUUUAUAGGUAAUAGACUCAAAAUAGAUAAUAAAAUUCUGCUUAUUUUAUCAUAAAGUAAAAUUAAAUAUUACCUACUUUUUGAAUUAACGUUUUUUGGAGUUAGUUCUCUCAUAUAUUGUGGAUAUUUAAAUAAUAACAUAUGGCUUUGGACUUUUCCAAUAAUAAACUUAUCGCCAAAAAAGCAGAGCAUCUCGAAGAGAUAAUUGUACGAAUUUUGGUGAUAUACAAGGUGUUAAAAUUCACGCCCCAGAGAAAAAUUUCGAGUAAGAUAAGAUAGCAGGAACAUAGAAACAUAAAAAAAUGUUUAAAAAUUCUAUCUGUAAAAAAU